AUGGCCGCACUCCGCUCCUCCACAAUGCGCUUCCUGGCCGCAUCCUCCUCUUCACGGUCACUGCUGUCUGUCCUGCGGCCGACGCUGGCCGCGGCUGCAUCCCCGUCUUCCGUAUUUUCACAAUCUGUGCGCUCCAUGGCAUCUGUCAGCACCGACGAGCCGGCUCCCCUGAUCAAGACGUUCCAAAUCUACCGCUGGAGUCCUGACAAGCCGACGGAGAAGCCGCACAUGGAGACGUACUCGCUCGACCUCAACAAGACCGGUCCCAUGAUGCUGGACGCGCUCAUUCGCAUCAAGAACGAGCAGGACUCGUCCCUGACCUUCCGGCGUAGCUGCCGCGAGGGCAUCUGCGGCAGCUGUGCCAUGAACAUCAACGGCGUGAACACGCUGGCCUGCCUGUGCCGUAUCCCAAGAGACACGACUGAGGCCAAGGUCUACCCGCUGCCGCACACCUACGUGGUCAAGGACCUCGUGCCUGACUUGACGCACCUGUACAAGCAGUACAAGUCUAUCAAGCCAUACCUCCAGAGGACCACGCCUGCUCCUGAUGGCAAGGAGUACCUCCAGUCCAAGGAGGACCGCAAGAAGCUGGACGGCCUGUACGAGUGCAUUCUCUGCUUCUGCUGCUCGACAUCGUGCCCGUCCUACUGGUGGAACUCGGAAGAGUACCUGGGUCCCGCCAUCCUGCUGCAGUCAUACCGGUGGCUGGCCGAUUCGCGUGACGAGAAGAAGGCUGAGCGCCUGCAGUAUUUCCAGAACUCGAUGAGCCUGUACCGGUGCCACACCAUUCUCAACUGCACUCGGACAUGUCCUAAGGGCCUGAACCCCGGCCGCGCCAUUGCCGAGAUCAAGAAGCAGAUGUCCUUUUAA